UUUGAUGCAGAAGUGCCCAAGCUAUGCCGGAUGGAGGCCGAUGGGGGACCUUGCAGGAGUCACCUAAAAAGAUACGCCUUCAACCUGAGCUCGAUGCGGUGCGAGGAGUUCAUCUACGGCGGCUGCUAUGGCAACGACAACAACUUCAGAGAUUUGCAGUCUUGUGUGGACCGCUGUCUGCCAGAGAAAACUGGUCCCUUGCUGUGCUACAGCCCGAAGGAUGAAGGACUCUGCUCUUCCGCUGUGCCUCGCUAUUACUAUGACGCCAAGACCAAGUCCUGCAAGGAGUUCAAGUACACCGGCUGCGGUGGCAAUGCCAACAACUUCGUUACCGAAACGGAUUGCUACAACGUCUGCAGAAGGGGGACACAGAAACCAAGAAUCAACAAGCCAGCGAAUGUGUUCCGCCGAAAAAUGAUGAGAAAACUGGUUAAAAAGCCUCAGACGUACAACCCGAAGUCUUAA